AUGCCUCUGCUACGGACAGCGAUCGACGUGCCGCUUCACCUGGCGACUACCAUGGUGCUCGGCAAGCAGCCUGAGCGAGAAAGCCCUGACGGUAGCGGCUCUGGUCGAUCACUACCUCUGCCGUUGCUCGUAGCCUCGACCCUGGCCGCCUUCUUCGCGACCCUCUUUUCCAUCUACCUCAUCUGGAAGCAGCUCAAGAAUUACCGCAAGCCCACGCUUCAGCGCUAUGUCGUCCGCCUACUCCUCAUGGUGCCCAUCUACUCGAUCGCUUCCGUCAUCUCGCUCUACUCUUUACAGCUCGCCGACAUUAUCGACCUCAUUCGCGACCUCUACGAGGCCUUUGUCAUCUACUGCUUCUUCAACCUGCUCAUAGAAUACCUCGGCGGCGAGCGCAGUCUCAUCGUCCUUCUUCACGGAAGGCGCCCGCAAGAGCACCUCUUUCCUGUCAAUCUCUUCUUGCACGACAUGGACGCCUCGGACCCAUACACCUUCCUCGCACUCAAGCGCGGCGUACUGCAGUACGUCCAGGUCAAGCCCGUGCUCGCCGUCGCCACGCUGCUCCUCAAAGCAGCGGGCAAGUACGAAGAGGGCAAAAUCUCGCCCACCAACGGCUACACGUGGGUCUCAUUCACGUACAAUGUCUCGGUCUUCCUCUCGCUCUACUGCCUCGGCAUGUUCUGGAAGUGCCUCAACGACGAUCUCAAGCCCUUCCGCGUCACGUCCAAAUUUCUGUGCAUCAAGGGAAUCAUCUUCUUUUCCUUCUGGCAAGGUCUCGGCAUCUCGAUCCCCGUCGCUGCGGGACUCAUCAAGAAGGUGGGCCCCGUUUACGAUCCAGAAUACAUCUCGAUGGCGAUCCAAGACUUUAUGAUUUGUCUUGAGAUGCCAUUGUUCGCGUUUGGGCAUGCGUGGGCCUUCUCGCACACGGACUAUAUCGACCCUUUCGCGCACUACGCUGCGCGUCUACCGGUGUACUACGCCCUGCGCGACUGCAUCGGGAUGUACGACGUGUUCUCGGACAGUCUGACGACGGUGCGCGGGACUGGCUAUGUGUAUCAGACCUUCGAGCCGAGUGAAGGAGUGAUCCACCAGCCGCUUGCGCGAGAGCGCCGCUCCAAAGCCGGGUUGCGGUACACCCAGGGAGGCAAGGGCAAAUACUGGCUGCCGCAGCGUGGGACAGGGGAUAUCCGCGACGCUACACGCGGAGCACGCCACCAAGGCCCGCUCAAGAAGCUACGCCGCUUUAUCAACGAUAAGCGCAUGCAGCUCGAGGGACACGCACCCCUGACAACGGACGAGGCGGAGGACAUUGUCCACGAGGACCCCGACAUGGUCCAGGAGGAGAGUUCCGAGCGAAGCCCCCUGCUGCGACAUCCGAAACAUGCGGCUCGCAGCGCGGUACGUCAUGCCGGCGAAGGCCUCGACUUUUUCGCCGAGAGACAGCUCGACUCGGACGAGGAGGCGGAAGACCUCAAAUUCGACGAUCCAGAUGAGGACGAGGAGGACGCCUACCAGCGGUCGAGGACGCUGAACUUUGGCGACUAUGCAUAUCCGAACAUCGAUGUGAGCAGGGAGCAGGCGAGAGACGCGAGGUGGCAGCGUGACGACGAGAUUGUGCAUCGAAGGCGCAAGGGAACCAUCUCGAAGAAGGGCGAGGAUGGAAAGGGGAAGAAGGCGAGUGAGCAGGGUGAUGCCAGUCCCUCGGGGAGCCGCAAGAGGCAAGAUCAUCCCAAGGGCGAUGCGGACGGAUCAGCCAAGGGGAAGGCCAAGAAGAAGGCGGGCGAUGCGGAUGCAAAGUCAUCCCAGAAGACCGAGAUCAAAGGCAAGGACAACGGCAAAGACGCCGAGCAACGAAAGUCCAAGUCACCUUGGCUGUCGUGGGAUCAAGAUGCUGACUCUCCCGACGCCACCCCUAGCAAGCCAGUCGCAAAUGGCUCGAAAGACGAAGCUCACGCAAACCAGACCUCCGAAUCCGGCUCCCCCUCCAAAGAUCCCUACGGCGCCGUCGACCUCGUGAUCGAAGACUACAAAGCCGAAGAGCGGGAGCGUCUCCUCGAACGACGUCGGGGCGAUCCCGCUCUGCGUGCCGGCAAAGGCACCCGCAUCUUCCGCAAGCAGUACACACCCACCACCUCGCCCUCGCUCACGCCCACCACCGAGUCGGCGCCCAAAAAGCUCAUCAAACGGGAAAGCUCCGUUUCCACACCGCUCAACCCGCCCUCAUCCACCGCGGCGAGCGUCACCGUCCAACCCUCGCCCAAGAAGGACGGCAAGGUGGUCGUCCAGCUCGGAGAAUCCAGGGAGAAGCGGGGCGACGGUACGGAUGACGACGCACUGGUGAGCAAGAGGAUCGACGUCAACGACAAUGCCGACUUUCUCAAGGGGAGGGUGCUCAGUCCCGAACCGAGCGACAAGGUGGAUGAGGACGAUGGGUCCAAUCCGUGGUCUUGA